AACGAGCUGUCCUCCAGCCUGGAUGAGUCUGCCGACUCUGACCUGCCGUACCCCCCACCCCAGCGGGAGCCCAACAUCUACAUGGUCCCCCAAGGAAUCAAACCCAUCCUGCAGCGCACGGCCAUCGAGAUCCUGGCCUGGGGGCUGAGGAACCUCAAGAGCUACCAGCUGGCCAGUGUCACCUCGCCCAGCUUGCUGGUGGAGUGUGGAGGACAGCUCGUGCAGUCCUGCGUCAUCAAGAACGUCAAGAAGAACCCCAACUUUGACAUCUGCGUGCUCUACAUGGAAGUGCGUCUACCCAAGGAGAGCCUCUACAGCCCCCCCAUCAUUGUCAAAAUCAUUGACAACAGGCCAUUCGGCCGAAGACCCGUGGUGGGGCAGUGCACCAUCCGCUCCUUGGAGGACUUCUACUGUGACCCCUACCGAGAAGAGACCGACGGUCCCCAGGACCACGCGGAUGACGUGAGCCUCACGCCCAGGGAUGACGUCCUCAUUGACAUCGAUGACAAAGAGCCUCUCAUUCCUGUCCAGCUUGCGGAGGGCAUGACCAGCUCAGCAUUAAUUAACAUGCCAGCUUCUUGGGUCCAGCCUCAUGAGGAAGAAUUCAUUGACUGGUGGAGCAAAUUCUACGCUUCCACAGGAGAGAGGGAAAAAUGUGGCUGCUAUUUAGAGAAGGGCUUUGACACCCUGAAGGUCUACGAGACGGAGCUGGAGAACGUGGAGGACUUUGAGCAUCUCUCUGACUUCUGCCACACCUUCAAGCUGUAUCGCGGCCGGUCGCAGGACUCCAGUGAUGACCCCUCGGUCGUGGGGGAGUUCAAGGGUUCGUUCAAAAUUUACUCGCUCCCGGAUGACCCACGGGUCCCGGUGCCACCUCGGCAGUUCCACCAGCUGCCGGCCAGAGGACCCCAGGAAUGUCUCGUCAGGGUCUACAUCAUCCGGGCCUUCGACCUCCAGCCCAAGGACGCCAAUGGAAAGUGCGAUCCCUACGUGAAGAUUUCAGUGGGAAAGAAAUCCAUAAAUGACCAAGAAAAUUACAUCCCCUGUACGCUGGAGCCUGUCUUUGGAAAGAUGUUUGAGCUGAGCUGCACGCUGCCCCUGGAGAAGGACUUGAAGAUCACGCUCUACGACUACGACCUCCUGUCGAAGGAUGAGAAGAUUGGGGAGACCGUCAUCGACCUGGAGAACCGGUUCCUGUCAAAAUAUGGGGCGCGCUGUGGCCUCCCCCAAACCUACUGCGUCUCUGGACCCAACCAAUGGCGAGACCAACUCCGUCCCUCCCAGUUGCUUCACCUCUUCUCCCUGCAGCACAACUACAAGGCUCCCACCUACAAGUCUGACCGGCUCAUCUUCAGGGAGCACGAGUACGUCCUCUCUGAACUGGAGGACAGCAAACCCCUGAACCCCCACCUGGGGCCGGUGGAGGAGCGCCUCGCCCUGUACGUGCUGCGGAAGCAAGGGCUGGUGCCGGAGCACGUGGAGACGAGACGUCUGUACAGCCCUCUCCAGCCAGAAAUCGAGCAGGGAAAGCUACAGAUGUGGGUGGACCUGUUUCCAAAAUCUCUGGGUCAGCCUGGCCCCCCUUUCAACAUCACGCCACGCAAAGCCAAGAGGUUCUUCUUGCGCUGCAUCAUCUGGAACACCAAGGAUGUCAUCCUCGAUGACCUCAGCAUCACCGGCGAGAAGAUGAGUGACAUCUAUGUCAAAGGCUGGCUGGUUGGCCAUGAGGAGAACAAGCAGAAGACAGAUGUGCACUACAGGUCUAUGGGAGGAGAGGGCAACUUCAACUGGAGAUUCAUCUUCCCCUUCGACUAUCUCCCUGCUGAGCAAAUGUGUUACAUUGCAAAAAAGGAGCACUUCUGGAGCUUGGACAAGACAGAAAACAAGAUUCCACCGCAGCUGAUUUUCCAGAUCUGGGACAAUGACAAGUUCUCUUUUGAUGACUAUUUGGGCUCCAUUCAGAUGGAUCUCAACAGGAUGCCCAAACCUGCCAAGACCGCUGAGAAGUGCUCCUUGGAGCUAGUAGAUGAGACCUUGUCUUCGAGUCACUUUGUGUCACUCUUUGAGCAGAAAACCGUCAAGGGAUGGUGGCCCUGUGUUGCUGAGCAGGAUCAGAAGAAGAUCCUGGCGGGCAAAUUGGAGAUGACUUUGGAAAUUGUGGCAGAGCAGGAGCAUGAAGAGCGGCCAGCUGGCGUGGGUCGGGAUGAGCCAAACAUGAAUCCCAAGCUGGAGGACCCCAAGCGCCCGGAGACCUCCUUCCUGUGGUUCACCUCCCCGUACAAGACCCUGAAGUACAUCCUGUGGCGGCGGUACAAGUGGGUGGUUAUCCUGGCCAUUGUCCUCCUCAUUUUGCUGCUCUUCUUGGGAAUCUUCAUCUACGCCUUCCCGAACUACGCUGCUAUGAAACUGGUGAAACCUUUCAGCUGA